AUGGAGGCGCGGGGCUCGGCGGGCGGCGGGAGGCCCGUGAAAGGCAUCCUGAAGAACCGCUCGGGCAGCGGCAGCGGCAGCGGACGGGGCCUCGCGGACCCCGAGGCGCUCUCGCAGGCCUCGCCGCUGCCCCCCGCCGGGGGACGCCUGCAGGCGCAGCCGAGCUGCGAGAGCCGCGGCGAGGAGUACGAGAAGAAGACGCAGAAGUGGGACGAGAUGAACAUCCUGGCCACCUACCACCCGCCCGGGAAGGACUACGGGCUGAUGAAGAUCGACGAGCCCAGCACGCCCUACCACAGCCUGAAGGAGGAGGAUGCCGGCAGCGAUGCUGAGGAUAGCCCGGUCCCCACAGCCGACAUCCUGGCCAAAAAGUUGGCGGCCGCAGCACAAGGACAAGGCCCCAAAAUCCUUGAAAGGCAGGAGGACAGCAGUGAGGAGGAGGAGGAGGAUGACGAGGUAGACCUGACUCCGGAAGAAUUGGAGAAAAAGAGGCAGUUUGAAAUGAAGAGGAAGAUGCAUUACAACGAAGCGCAGAACAUCAAGCUGGCCAGACAGCUGAUCGCAAAGGAAAUGCACGGCGAGGCUGCCGAGGAGGAGGAGGAGGAGGAGGAGGAAGAUUGUGAGGAGGAGGAGGAGGAGGAAGACGAUGAGGAGGAGAUUCAGGAUGAGCGUAAAACGAGCACAGAAUCAGUACCUGCUUCUAGUGACCCGCUUGAGAACAUGGCACACAGCCUAGAAGAAGUCUGCUCAGGACUGUAAUAGCUCCCAAAGUCACCCUUUUGUAUUCCUUGCCACAUCACCCUUCUGCAGGUCUGUUUCAACAGGUUGGCUUGCACUUUGAUAUUUUGACAAAAACGGUGGUGAUCUCAAGGUUUUCUGUUUGGCAGUGAAAAUGUUGCUGAUGUGGCUGGUUCUGGUGGUCACAGAAGAAGGUUUCGUUGCUCAUCUGCCGAAGAACACAGCGUGGGGUAGCGCCAGUGAGCCAGACCCUUUGGUGUCACCCCUUUCCCUGGUCUGAACCCCUGGACAAUUGCCUCUUUUAUCGUGCUGUAGUAUUUGAGUACACACAAAUAUCCCCAUAAGGGCUUGAUGUUAAUGUGCCAUACUGCAGCCAGGAAAAGAACGAGCCUCUUGGCAACUGACGAGGCCUUUUGCUGCAAAAAGGGAUGAACGGGAGAGAGUUUUUAUAGCCUUUCCCCUUCCCCUCCUGCAGACUUUAUCCAGCGGGUUCUGAGAGGCAGGCAGGCGGUUCUUGCCUCAGCCGCUUGAGAGGGAAAGAGCAGCUGGGCAUGGCUUUCCCAGCUGCCUGUUCGGAGGUGGGAGUCGAUCAGCCUGCCUGCCUCAGUAGCUGCCGUACCUUUUUUCCAUUUGAGUUGGCCAGGAUUGGGAACACCACAAUAGGGGCCUCUUUCCUCCAUCAGAGGCCUCUCUGCUUCUCAGGGUGCCUCCCCACCUGGUCGGAGGCUGCCAGCCUCUAGAAAAUAAAAGUUAAAUGACAGCACCCGGCAGCCAGAGAGCGCCUCUUGAGACCCCGGUGUGGCCCAGACAGAAUGCACAGCCACCUGCUUUUGUUUCUUAACUAGAAGAGGCAGCGUUCCCACAGCCCCAUGUUAUCCUGUGCUCUUUUUUCAGUAACCUCUGCACUCUCCCUGUGUCAUGAAUGAAACUGAAUCAAACAGUUGUUUUGUAGUUUGACUGGCCUUUGUGAUUUUCUUAAGACUUGGGCUUUUUAAGCCUCGGAAGAGGGAGGGGCAUCUGUUGGUCAGCUAAUGUUUGUAAAUAUUAUUUUGAAUGUUCUAACAAGCUGAAGUUGCCUAGAAAAUACCCAGGUUGUGCUACUGAAUUUGCUCCUUCACUUCUGGAUUCCAUUUCACUGGCUUGUUUCCUCCGUGUAACUGUUUUAUUAAAGUAAAGAAACCACUGAGUG